AUGGAGGAGGGAGGAGGUCAGAGUGUGAGGGAGGAGGAGGAGGUCAGAGGUGUGGAGGAGGAGGAGGUAGAGGUGGGGAGGAGUGAGGAGGAGGGAGGAGGUCAGAGUGUGGAGGCGGAGGAGGCGGUAGAGAGGGUGAGGAGGAGGAGAGGAGCGAGUCAGUGUGUGAGGAGGAGGAGGAGGUCAGAGUGUGUGAGGAGGGGAGGAGGUCAGAGAGUGGUGGAGGGAGGAGGUCAGAGUGUGGGAGGAGGGGAGGAGGGGUGGGUCAGAGUGUGUGGUGGAGGAGGAGGUCAGAGUGUGAGGAGGAGGAGGAGGUCAGAGAGUGUGGGAGGAGGAGGUCAGAGUGUGAGGAGUAGGUCAGAGAGUGUGGCAGGUAGGGAGGAGGUCAGAGUGCUGUGGAGGGGGAGGAGGAGGUGGUCUGAGGUGUGGGGGAGAGGAGGAGUGGAGGUCAGAGGUCAGAGUGUGUGGAGGAGGAGGAGGAGGAGUCGGUGUGGAGGAGGAGGAGGAGAGGUCAGAGUCCGAGAGGUGAGCGUGGAGGAGGAGGUCAGGAGUGAGGAGGAGGGAGAGAGUGUGGAGGAGGAGGAGGAGGUCGAGUGUGGGAGGAGUGAGGAGGUCAGAGUGAGGGUGGCGGAGGAGGAGGUCAGAGUGUGCGGAGGAGGGAGUCAGCGUGUGAGGGGAGGUGGAGGUCAGAGGUUGGAGGAGGAGGAGGGCAGAGAGUGUGGAGGAGGAGAGGGUCAGAGUGGUGGAAGAGAGUUCCAGUGUGUGGAGGAGGAGGAGAGUCAGAGUGCGAGGGAGGGGGAGGAGGAGGUUCAGAGAGCCUGGGGAGGAGGGAGUCAGAGGGGGAGGAGGGGAGGAGGGAGGUGGGGGGUAGAUUGUGUUAGAGGGGGGAGGAGGGAGGAGGGGAGGGAGGUCCGAGAGUGUGGAGGUGGAGGAGGAGGAGGAGGUCAGAGUGUGAGGAGGAGGAGGAGGUCGAGAGGUGGUGGAGGGAAGGAGGAGGAGGGAGGUCAGAGAGUGUGGGAGGAGGAGGGAGAGUCCAGAGAGUGGGAGGAGGGGAGGAGGUCAGAGUGUGUGGAGGAGGAGGAGGUGCAGAGUGUGAGGAGGAGGAGGUCAGAGUGUGAGGAGGCGGAGGAGUCAGGAGGUGUGGAACGAGGAGUCAGAGGUGUGGAGAGGAGGAGGUCCAGAGUGUGUGGGGGAGGAGGAGGAGGAAGGAGGUCCAGAGUGUGUAGGAGGAGGAGGUUCAGGGAUGGAGUGUGGAGGAGAGGGAGGAGGGAGGAGGUCAGAGUGUGA